AUGGCGCUCACAUCGCGACCUCUAUCUCCCGCACUUCUGUUCAGUCUAGUACCAGUGGCAGCAUGGUUUAUUUUGCGACCGUUCAUAGAUCCUGUGCCUUCUUUGCCCGCGUUGUACUCAUCUAUCGGGUUCUCCAUCGUUGCAUUCCUUGCAUCAGUGUUUUUGGUGCCCGCACUCGGCCCAGCCUUCGUCAAGGCUAACUUGAAGGGGAGGGAUUUGCUCAAGACCUACCAGACGCCCAUUCCAGAAAGCAUGGGGCUUGUCUGCGCCUCCAUAUAUAUCAUUCUCUUGAUCUUAUUUAUACCUUUUGCGUUCUCCAACCCCAUCUCGCAGCAAGCAUAUUUAAAGAGAUCACAUGAAGGCUUAAUUGUUAAAGAAUUUCCUCAUUACCAGCUCUCCGUAUACCUCUCCUCUCUCUUGUCACUUUUGAUAGCGACAAUACUGGGCUUCCUGGACGACGUGUUCGACAUCCGCUGGCGGCAUAAGGUUCCGAUCCCGAUAAUAGCUUCCAUUCCGGUAUUGAUGGUUUACUACGCUGAACGUGGAAACACUACCAUCGUCGUUCCGCUGCCGUUUCGAUUUAUUUUCGGAACGCUUGUCAAUCUGGGACCGCUAUACUACGUGUAUAUGUCGCUAUUAUCAACAUUUGCAACGAACAGCAUCAAUAUUUUAGCUGGUAUUAAUGGUUCAGAAGUCAGCCAGGCUUUGAUAAUCUCCAUAUCCGUGAUUAUCAACGACUUGUUGUAUCUACCUUGGCCAGUGGAUUUCCGGAUACCCCUUCACCUCCUUGGAAACAAAGCGGAACUUGGGUUCGGCGGUGUUUGGAGCGCUGGUAUGUCCUAUGGAAGUCGAGAACUCGUAGAGAGGCAUCUCUUCAGUUUGUAUUUUAUGCUGCCCUUGGUCGCCGUGUGUGUCGGCUUCAUGUAUCAUAACUGGUAUCCAGCUCGAGUCUUUCCUGGGGACACCCUUUGCUAUGUCACCGGAAUGGCAUUUGCUGUAGUCGGGAUUCAAGCGCACUUUUCAAAGACUUUACUGCUAUUUUUCAUCCCUCAAAUCUUUAAUUUCCUACUUUCUUGUCCGCAGCUGUUUGGGCUUGUUCCUUGCCCUCGGCAUAGGGUACCAAGAUUUGAUUCAAAUACUAACCUUUUACAUCCUUCAAAAACGAUGUUCGAACGUGGUCCACCAUCGAAGAUUUCGGCUCUUGUCCUGCACACACUGUCGACGCUGGGGCUUACAGAGCUGACAAUACACCCGAACACUGGCAAUAUUCUAGAAGCUAAUAAUCUCACGAUUCUGAAUUUCUUUUUGUUGAGACUUGGGCCAAUGAACGAGAAAAGUCUGGUGAAGGUAUUGAUACUCUCCCAGGUUGCCGGAAGCCUGUUCGCGUUUUUCGUGAGAUACGGCCUUGCUGGACUUGUGUAUGAUGGCGAUAGGAGAUAG